AGGUGCUGCAGAUAUCCUCAAGGCACAUUGCUGCAAAUAUAAUUAUUUUUGUAUUAUAUUAAAAACAACAAACUAUAUUUCUGGAAUCAAAGGGAGUAUAGAUAAAGAUUCUGCUUGGGAAAAAUCUACUACACUGAAACUUCAUUCUGCUACCAGAAAAGUAACUUCCAGAUCAAAGAUAAUUUUAAAGGAAGCUUGCAGGAGAGAGAAGAGGAGAGACAACAUCUGCUCCUAGGUAGACCCCAGGGUGAGAAACUGGGUGCCUGCCUGUUUGCUUCUCCUGCUGCCCCCUGUCUGUUAUCUGCCCCCCCAGGAUUGGCUGCUGUGCUGAGAUGAAUGCUGUGCUUAAGCAAAGUGCAAUUAUAUUUUCAGCAUCUGAAAUGUUUCACAAUACUAUACACACUGAAGUAGCGAGCAUUUUAGCGUUUUCCACACAUGCACAGUGGCUGACAGAUGGUGCAGCAGAGGAUAGGGUCUGAAGAGAUUCUGUGGCAAUGUAAGGAAGAGAAAAUGUCAACAAUAAAUCUGUUACUAGAAGUGGAGGAAGUUUGAGGGCAUUUUUUUUUGGCUGAAUUGCUCAAAACUGUUGCCACACAGGUGCCACUUCAUCUAAUUUGGAUUUCCACAGAGCAGCCCCUUUUUAACUGAGUUGAAGAAAUUGGAAGGCUAACUGGACAACAAUUUGGGAGUCCACAAGCCUGAGAAGGGCAUGAAAAAUGGGUAAUUAAUACAUUAAAGCAAAAUACUCAUGAUGUCAAAACAAUGCAAUGAUCUACAAAUGACACACUGACCAUGACUUAACACUACAUGAACAGCCUAAUUGUGCUGCAGGCACAUAAGCUUCCAACCCUGCCUUCUCUCGUGUGCCAGACAAGAAGACUGGAAGUUUUACCUCAGAACAAUCUACAGCUCAUACACAAUGGAGAACUGCAGUGUAUACUUAAAGUGACAGCAAAAGCUUUCACUCCGUUUCUGUGGCGUACAAUCAAAAAGGGAUGUGCACAAACCACGGUUCUAGCACCGGUUCGGCAUUGCAAGGAGGAGAGUGGGGAGCAGGAGCUUUAAGAAAGAAGAGAGCUGAUCCUUACCUACUUUCCACUGCCCUAUUCAGGUUCCUGCUGGCUCAAGUACCCCCAUGCAGUGACAGCACACCCACGCAUGCACGGUCAGCAACAUCAUGCUGACCAUGGAGAUGGUGGUCAUGCUGACCAUGAAGCUGCAUAGGAUGAUGGACAGAGAGCAGGUAAGGACCUGCUCUCCUCUUCCUUAAAACUCCCCGCUCCCCUCCCCACGGUGCCGAAAGGAUGCUCAAGCCAGUUUGUGCACACCCCUACAAGAGAGGAUGAGUGGGGACUAUGCAAGCCUGUGGCUCAUUUAUGUAGUGCAAAACGGAUGCUUACUAUAUCUGAACUGGGCCGCUAUUCCUUACUAGAAGUUUAUUUUGUUUUGGAGAGAGAGAGACAGAAAAAAAGGAGGGGAAGAAAGAGUGAGCGGAGGAGAGAGAAAGAGAGAAAAUGAAGGGUGGGGGGAGAGAAAAAGGAAUGGCAAGGGACGGGCCCGGGCCUGUCAGCGGACUGAAGGGAAUGAAUGGCGGCAGCGAGGAAGGGCCCGGUCAACCACUGCUGCUGCUGCUCAGGGCUACUGAGGCCAUUGGUGGAGGCAGGCAGGCAGGCGAGAGAUGGUCCUGGACCUGUCAGCAUCCUCAGGAGAAUGAGUGGUCAUGGCAGUGGCAGCAGCAAUGAAGGGCCCGGUCAACUGCUGCUGCUUCUGCAGGGAGGAGCAGGAGUGGGGCUCGGGUAGGGAGGUCUCUGAGGUUAGGGGGUUGCGGCUUGACCAGUUGGCCUCAACAUUGCCACAGCCAUGACCAAGAGGGCUAAGGAGGGUGGAGCAACAGGAUAGAGGAGGAGGAGUGCUGCUCAGGUGAGGUUGGAGAGAUCUCUGGGGUGAGGGCUGGUGUGUGGGGUGAGGGGAGCAGUCAAGUACUAGCACGCAGAUGUUCUGCAUGGGUUAAGAUAGUUAUCUUUAUCUUAAGACUCAUAGCUUUUUUGCUCAAUGCUGCAACUCAGGAGGAGAUCAAAUAAUAUGCUUAAAUACUUCAGUAGAUGUUAUUCCCUUAUUUUAUCAAUAUCUUUUACUUUGUAUUAUUAAAAACAGGAUAGUAGAUUUUGCAAAUGUUAGGAGAAAAACCCUUAAUCUGAUGGGAACUGAAGGGUGUCUCAACUGUUUUUAAUCCAUAUACCCAGAACUACAAUUCGGCAACACAAGUAAUGUAUGGCAUUUGAUUUAAUGUUCCAGUAGGGGAAAUGACAGUUAAUUGGAAGAACAUUCAUACUGAUUUGAUGAGGUUGGAGCACUAUCUAGUGAGCUUCCUUCACUCUCUCCUUACUCAGACUAAGUCUUUCUAUUAUCAUUCAAGCCACGCAGGAGAUCUUUAAAAUAUUUCCACUUAACUUGCUCUGAACAGCCCUAGUGAUAGAAUUUCUCCUGGAAAGGUGCAUGUAAUUGUGAAAGAGGGUUGAGUGUACUCUUAUUUACUGUUGUCUCUGCUCUCCUUCAGAUGUGUCAUUGAUGUAGCUGGUUUAGAUAGAUUGACAUCUUUUCUGCUUCAUAUUACUAGAAGAAAGAGGUAGUCUAGGUUGACUGGAGCCAGUUGGAUUAUCUGGUAAUUGAUAUGCCACCUGGCACAGGAGAUGUGCAGCUGUCAAUUUCACAGAAUAUCCCAAUUGCAGGGGCUGUGAUUGUGUCUACUCCUCAGGACAUAGCAUUGCUGGAUGCACGCAGAGGAGCUGAGAUGUUUAGAAGAGUGAAUGUGCCUGUUUUGGGGCUUGUUCAAAACAUGAGCAUUUUCCAGUGUCCAAAAUGUAAACAUGAAACUCAUAUUUUUGGAAAUGAUGGUGUGAGGAACCUAGCUAAUGAUCUUGAUCUAGAUGUUUUAGGAGAUGUUCCACUACAUGUUCACAUAAGAGAGACAUCCGACACAGGCAAGCCUAUUGUAGUUUCACAGCCACAGAGCAAUGUGACUCAAGCCUAUUUAAAGAUUGCUGCUGAAAUAGUGAAGAAAUUACCAGUUGCUCCAACUUGAAGUCCAUUUUGUGGAUCCGUGACUGCAAUCAGGAGGUGUAACAGAAGAAACAAUGUUAUGUUGUGGACUGAAUCUUACUCUUGUAUUUUUGAAUAGCAAUUGAAUUGUAUAUACUAUAAAAUGUUGCAGUUAAAUAUUUUAAUAUCGGCACCUCACCAUUUUCAGCAGUCCAAGUAUCAAGUUGUUAUAUUGAGCAUUUGCACAGACUUGAUUUUCCUCUAACAGCAAGAGCCAAAGAGCACAAACUCAAGUUCUUCAGUAGCUCUAAUAUAUUAAACAGGAAGGUUUGUUCUGGGAGAUAUUCACCCCAGUUUUUUUAUAAUCUCUCCAUAUAAAUUGACUGCCAGAUACAAAAAUGGGCUACUACAUAUGAAUGAAUGGUUGUCUCUGUCUUGUAUUUGUAUUAAAAAUGAAGAGACUAGCAGUUGUGGGGGGUUUUCUGCUAUGAAGAUUUAUUGUCAAAAGCCGAGGCAAGAUUCACUUCUUAGCCAUCAAACAAUUAACUAGGCAUCCUAAGAACUGACUUUUGUUUUAUGCAUUUUUCCCUUAUCAGCUGAUGCUUGAUCAUGAGAUAAUUCCUUAUUGUAAUUGUCUAAGCAAAUUGCUCCAUUUCCUUGUAUCCUGUUGAGCCUUGAAUAAACCCAAAAUGCAGCAACAA